AUGGUGGUCAUCGAGUUUCCACUGCUGCACGGCAGCUUCCCCAACUACUACGACCUUCUUGGCAUUACAAUCGCUGCAUCUGCAAGGGAUAUUCAAAUUGCUUUCAGGAAGACGGCGCUGCGAGAGCAUCCAGACAAGGCUGGCAGCUCUUCGGCUCAAAAUGAAAAAUUCGCUGCCAUCAACAAUCGAAAGGAUGUGCUUCUAGAUGCUGGGAAGAGAACAAGAUACGAUCGCGCUCUACGUCAGCAACAGCCGCGGCCCGCGCCUUCGCAGGGCUAUUCAAAGCCACCGCAUGCCUCCAAUUCACGCUGCCCACAACCUCAGCACGCUUCCCGACCAGGUCCAAGAGCUGCGAGUUCUCCGUUUCCUAGCUCUGGGCCCUCAUUCUCCCAAACCUCAUACGGUACUAGAUUCGCAUCGAACCCCGACUUCACGCCGUUCGGUAGUGGGGCCGGAUUUGGACCUGAGCGCAAUGCAACAAAUGCAAGCCAGACUAGAAAUGCGACACCGCCCAAACAAUCUACCUCGAACCCUCAUCCUCGCGAAGAUAAGACCUAUGAGAGGGGAUGUCCAUGCUGCGGGUCACAAUCCUGUCCAGGAUCUCGGUAUAGCGGCCAACAAAACAAUCCUGACAAACCCUGUUCGUAUCGAAAUCAAGGCUUCUACUUCCAUUUCGGCAUAUCAUCUAUGCCCAAGCCCUUCAGCGGGCAACAGGAGUACCGCUUCUCGGACGGCUCAACUCCAGCAAGCUUUCACAGUGGCUCGGGCUCGCAGCGAACCAGUACCUCCAAUCCAGCCAACAACCCUUCCGCAUGCACAGGCAACCCCAACAGAUGUCCUAAACACAACGCAUCUGGCGUCGCCGAAGAGUCGCAUCGGAAACAGCCUGAGAUUCGUGGCGAUCCUCAUUACGUCAACCCGAAACAGCACAUUCCCUUCCAGCAGUUCUAUCCUCCAGCCUCGGCGUACAACUUCUUUGGUCAUAAUGGCAUCAAGCCUACCACCCGGGCCUGGUACCAAUCAUCAUGGAAGUGUCUAAGCCUCUCCGGCGAGCAUGACAAGGCUGUGGAUACGUCACUCAAGCUUCACCAUACCGCUCCGGAUAUUGAAAAGGCAUUGAAAACCUGA